AUGGGCCCCAUGCGUAAUAUGAGACUGUUGAUGCUCCCAGCAGUCAUACCGGGUGCGUUCUCUGCGCUCUGUACGCCGCUGGCCUGUUCUUCAGUCCAUGUCUUCCUCAUCCGCGGCACUAAUGAGCCCUACCCGGGCCGACAACUACCCACCGCAGAGGCAAUAUGCAAAGACUGGGACUGCUCGUGGUCGAAUAUCGAGUAUCCAGCUGUGUUCAACGACUACUGCGAAUCUGCUGAGACCGGCAUCGCCAACCUUGGCAAGGCCGUCACCGACUAUGCAACCCGCUGUCCAGACUCCAAGAUCGUUCUGUCGGGCCACAGCCAGGGCGGCCAGGUCGUAGGCGAUUAUCUCGGUGGUGGCGGAGGCAACGCCACAUCUUGCACGCAAGAGACAAGCCAGGGAAUUUCUCCUGGAACGUUUCCAGCAGACCACAUCAUCGCAGCAUUGAUGUUUGGAUCCCCCCGUCACAAUGCAAACCAGUCGUAUAACCUGCUGGUAGGGGCUAGAGCAACCUCUGCUUGGCCACGAGAGGGCGAACAGCUCCAAGCACUGAAUCUCUGGUCUGACAAGCUUCGCGAUUAUUGUAAUCUGGACGAUCCCGCUUGCGCUGGAGGAUCAAACUGGACCGCCCAUGAGAAUUAUUUCGAGCUUUACAAAGACGAUUCCGCACAGUUUGUGAGGUUUAAGGCUUGCAAAUAA